AUGCUUUAACCUAUCAAAUGGGCUUAGAUUAGUAAUUUAGUAUAAGAUUUAAGCUAGAUACUCCCUGUUGGAUUUUCAAUGACCAUAAAUUAAUACCUGGAGUUAUACUUUAAGUUUCCCCUUUCUUGAUUAGUACGGCUGAAGGGAAUAUAGCUGAUCCCAAAAAUGUGUAUUAACGAAGUUUAGAUAAUUUAUAAGAACUCGAGGAUUUGAUGGAUCUAUCGAUUUUGAAUGAAGCUGAAAUACUGAAUGCUUUGCAUCACAAAUUUUAACAAAAAAAAUUUCAAAUUUUUUGUGGAGCAUCUUUACUCAUCAUCAAUCCUUUUCAUAAAGAAAACGCUAAAUCUUAACUACUGCAAUAAAUUGCUCAAAAUGCUUAUCAUUAAAUGACUGACUUUCCAUAAUCAAUUAUCUUGACUGGAGAAUCAGGAUCAGGAAAGUCUGAAAUCAGCAAAUAAAUUUAGUUACACUUGUCAAAAUUUGGAAAUCUUCACUCUAAAGUUCUGGCUUGCAAUUAAAUUAUCGAAGCCUUUGGAAAUGCUAGAACUCAAAGAAAUUCGAAUUCAUCUCGUUAUGGAAGAGUCACAAAAAUGCUGUUUGAUAAAGAAUAAAAGUUAUGUGGGGUUCAUUUAAGUGCUGUUUCCCUUGAAAAAUCACGCAUUUAUAAUGUACCAUAAGGAGAAUGCAAUUUUAACAUAUUAUAUUAAUUCUUGAAUCAUGGAUAAUUGGCAUUAUUUAAUAUCAAUACAAAUCAAUAAUAGAACUUGAUUCCAAAUCCUUUGAAUUCCAAAGCAUCUUAAUAAUAAUCCUCGAAAGAAGCCCAAUAAUUUUAAGACACACUGGAUGCUCUGAAACUAUUUAAUAUAAAUAUUGAUGUAAUUUUAGGACUAUUGGCUUGCAUAAUUAAAUUGGGUAAUAUAUAAUUUGAUGAUCAUGAUAAUGAUUGUUCAAUUCAAGAUCAGAAAUCAAUUGUUCAGAUUAGUCAUUUGCUUGGGAUUUCAGAUAAGGAACUAAUAAGGUGUUUGUGUUAUAAGUAGAGACAAUUGCUGAAAAAUGAAGUGGUUGAUACUCCAUUAAGUAGAAUAGAAUGUAUAAAUUAACAAUAGAAUAUCAUCAAGUAAUUAUACGAAAGGUUAUUUGAAUUCUUGAUUGAUUCAAUUAAUUGCUAAAUGUCUACAUAAACAAAUAAGUAUUAAAUCAGCAUAAUUGAUUAUUUUGGAUUCGAAUAAAAUAUUGUAAAUAGUUUUGAGUAAUUACUAAUCAACUAUUCUUAAGAAAAGUUGCACUAAUUCUACCUUUUUGAUACUUUUUUAUGCGAUUCUAAAAUAUUCUAAUAGGAGGGUCUGACCAAUAGUCAAGGACCUAUUUAUUUUAUGAAUAAUCUACCGAUUUUAGAAUGUUUAGAGAGACCUCCUUUGGGAAUCUUGAAUAUAUUAGAUGACAGUUGCACUGUGGCUGGUACUGAUGAAACCUUUUUAACCAAGGUUAAGAAUGCCUUUGUGAACAAUCAAAUAAUUACAUAUCCAAAAUCUUAAUCUUAACCGAUAUUUAAGGUUCGACAUUUUGCAAGAGAAGUUGAGUAUAAUGUUAUUGGGUUUCGUAUUAAGAAUAAAGAUGAAGUUAAUAAAUAGUUCUAAAUUCUGCUCUAAAAAUCUAAGAAUUAAUAUAUCUCAACUAUGUAUUAGCAAAUCAUUACCUAGAAGUAUGUUGGAACAGUGGCAAGAACUGAAUUAUCAAGCUUGGUUAGUUCCCUUAAGGAUAGUAGCAACUAAUACAUAAGAUGCAUCAAAUCAAACGAUUAAUUGAUUCAAGACCAAUUUAAUUAACAAUUCGUAUUAAAUUAGAUUAAGUAUUGUUGCGUAGUAGAGAGUCUGUAGAUGAGGAAGGAAGGCUACGCAUACAGAAGGACAUAUUAAUAAUGUUAUUUUGAGUUUUUUGCAAUGGUGUAAUAGAAGAAGGUUGAUUACAAGGCAGGAGUCAUCAAUUACAUGAAAAAAAGCUUUGCAUUCACAGAUGAUUAAGUUUUAUUUGGAAAUAGAAUGGUUUUCUUUAAAUAUCAAACAUAUCGAAUUAUUUAAUAGGAAAUCAAGAAAUAAAAUAAUUUAAAACAUUAGGCCGCAUCCAAAUUGUAGAAUGCUUGGAUUUGCUACAAGAACAAAAUGAUAUUUAGAGAAUUUCAAUGCAGAGUUAUAUACAUUUAAGCCCACAUUAGAGGUUAUUUAGAAAGAUAAAGAUAUGUUAGACUUAUGCAAUCAAUUGUGUUUAUAUAAUUUAAAAUUAGAGAAUGGUUGAAAAAAAUAAAGUAUAAAAGAAAUUUAUAGGCAACAAAAGUAGUUCAAACAUAUUUUAAGAGAAUAUGUGCAAUUAAGCAAAUGAUAGUUGAAGAAUAAUGUGCAAUAAAAAUACAAAGAUUUAUUAGAGAAAAACAACUGUAUUAAGAUUAAUAAGUUGAAAGUGACAUUAAAAAACUAUUAUAUAAAGUGACAGAUUAAGCUUGGAAAGUAAUUGUAUAUAGAGCUGCCACUAAAAUACAGAAAACAUGGAAGGGUUACAUUACACGUCUAAUUAAUGAGGAUAAUAUACAAUCUAUUAAAUUAGCAGGAUUUUUAGUAACAGCCAAUCAAGCUGCAAUUGCCAUCUAAAAAUAUGUUAGAGGACAAUAAUAAAGAAGAUAUUAUUAAUCAUUGAGAGCAGCCACUACUUACAUUUAGGGAUGGAUUAGAAGUAAGUGGUUGACAAAUCUAUUUCAAAGGAUUAGAUAUGCGACCAUAGUAAUUUAAAGAGGAGUGAGGAAGUAUUAUAAUUAAUAUAGAAAACAACGAAAGUACGAGGAUCUAGUUUUGAAACCUUUGGAAAAUGAAUUGAAUAGGAUAAGAGAAUAAGAAUUUAUGAAUUUGCAUGAUAGUUAUAUUGAAAAUAUUUUGGAUGCUGACUAAGAAAAUAUCCCUGGCAAAAAGAUAGAUUUAUUCAGUUAAGUAAUAGAUUUAGAAAUCUUAACUGAUGUUAGUGAAAUCUAUGAUACAUUAUGGACAUCCUUAUAUAAGCGAUGUUUUAAAGAAUGUUAUGAAAAAUAGAAUUAUAUUUCAACGUACUCUAUAGGAGAAUGCCAUGCAUACGUUGGAACAUUGCAAAAUAAAAUCUACUCUUGGGGAUUGAAUGAUUCAUUAUAGUAAGGGUUGCUUAAAUAGAAUGCAAACAAAAUUAAUUCGAUAUAAUUUCCAUUUAAAGUUAAGUCUAUUAAAUCUGGAGCUAAUCAUGGAUUAAUUUUAAGUUAAGACAAUGUGUUAUAUUCAACAGAUGAAAAACAGAGUAUUUUAAAGAAUGUUAAAUUAUUCUCGGUCUACAAUGACGAUAACGUGGCUGUGGAUGAAAACAACUUAAUUUAUAUAUGGAAAAAAAAACAUAAAAGUCCAAUUGAAUUGAAAUCAUGGACUACGUUCAUAAGAAUGAGUUAGAUAUAAUAGAAGAUUUAGGUACAUUAAAUUUCCCAUGGUUUAUCAUUCUUCAUAGUGUUGUCCACAAAUGGGAUGAUGUUCUCAAUGGGUGAAAAUACAGUAGGAGAACUAGGAAUAAAUAGAGGUCAUUCGAAAAAUGAAUUGACUUUGAUUGAAUUAUCUGAUAAAAUAGCGGAAGUGCAUUGUGGAAUGAAGCAUACUAUUGCCAAGUCUACUUUAGGAAAAGUGUAUACUUGGGGUUGGGGUCAAAUGGGAUAAUUAGGACAUGGAAACCUUAAGGAUGAAGCAUUUCCGAAGAUGUUGCCAUUUGAAUCAAAGGUGCUUUAGGUUAUGGCUGGCCACAAACAAUCAAUUGUGAUUUUGGACACGAGAAAGAUUUAUUGGUGGGGUACCAACUCAUGCUUACAAUACCAAACAAGACCAGUUGAAUACAUGACUAAUUAUCCAGCUAUUAGAGUGUUAUGCAGUUGGAGUAGAACUUUGAGUGUUGUGUAUAUAACAUUUGCCAAGACUUACAAAUGUAUAGAUAAUAACAUCAAAUUGAAAAAUAAGAUUAUCAAUUAAAUGGUUAGCAAGUGGAGUGAAAAUGAUAUCUAUUCGUUAGAUCCUCCUUACUGUGAUAAUUUGGCUAAUUAUUUCAAUCAAAUGAAAAAGCCUUAACAAAAAUUAAACAUCAAAUUUGCUUCAAAAAUUGAACAUCAACAAUUAGUUAAAUAACUCUAGUAAUCUCCUUUCAAUUUACUCGAUGAAGUCAAAGACACAAGUUGCUUCUUUAGUUUCAAGAACGAAUCGAAUAUAUAGUUGUAAAGAUAGUUAUUGGAACAUUCGGAAAAUACAGAUAUUAUCAAUGCGAAAUCGUAUCAUAUCGAUAAUUCAAAUAAGUAUUAUUUUAUAUUGUUAUUUUAGACUCAAAUUGCUUAAGUCUGUUAAAAAAUAUCGAAAUGAUCCUUAAUUAUAAGAAAUACUAAAAUAAUCUGAAUUAAGUGAUAUAUUAUAAUAUAUAAAUUGAUAUAUUUAAGCAAUAAAAAUGAGGUAUUCUUAAUGGAAUAAUUAGUGAGGAAAACAAGUCAGAAUAACAAUUGGUCUUUUCUGUAAUAGAAGAAGGCUAUUUCGAUUAAUUGCUCAAGAGAGUACUCAGAAAAACCCAAGAACCCUAACAUCAAAUAUCAUUGAAGGAAGCUCAAGCAAUCGUGAACACUGUUUCUCGAUCUUCGGAUUUGUAGUCAAUAAAGGAAUUGGGAUUCAAAGAUUUUGUUGGAUACUUGCAAUCUAUAAGGGAUGUUUAUAUUGAGUAUAGAAAAUUUCAAAAAAAAGUACAAUCUUCAGAUAUUCCUGAUGAUUUAGAUGAGAUGGUAUUAGGAUGCUACAAUACAGUGCCUGCAUAUUUCUUCGAUUAACCAUUCCGAUUCAAUUAUCAACUAUUCUCAUUGGGCAAGGAGAAAAUUAAUCAGUAUUUAGAAGAGAUCAAGGAUCAUUUAGAUGAUGUCGAGAUUACCCUAUUCUUCUAAAUUAAUUCUCGCUUCGACAAAUUUCUCAGUGUUAUAUUAAAUUUGAAUGAGAUGAAUUAAAUCAUAGAUUAGAAUAUUAAAAAAGUCAAGAGAAUACGUGAAAUAUAUAGUGUAACUAGAGAGCACAUGAUUAAAAAGAGCACUGAAAUCACUAAGAAGAAACAAGUAUUAAUUCUUAUUGAGUUUAGACAAUUGAAAAAGUUGAAAACAUUUUGUUCACUCUUAAACGCAUAUAGUCGAUUUAAAAGAGUUUCGUUACAUUAACAGAACUUAUCAACACUAAGAAAUAUUCCUAAGCAGUCUAAUUGCUAAAAGUAAGUGAAUAGACAUAUUAAACUAUUAAAUCAAUCACAGGUUUAAAGUUUAUACCCUAGAAACUAGAACAAUUACAAAAAACUCUAUAAACCACAAUUUUAAAUCAUCUUUUAUCAAUAAUGCUCACUCAAAUGACAUCCUUAUUAGCACCAAACAAAUAACUGAUCAAUUAAAUAAAUCAUCAAUUGAAUGAUCAUGAAGAUUCUGUGCUUGCCAAUUCUUAUGUUAAUGAUAGUUGGUUUGAAUAAUAACAGCAAUCCAUGAUUACCAUUAAUAAGCAAUCUGAUGAUAGUUUCAUUAAAACCCUUUUGUCUUCCUCAGGCAUUAUUGAUAUGGCAGACAAAAUAUUUAAAUAGAAAGUCCUGGAAGAAUUACAAGGGUAUUAUUAGGAGUUUCUCAUUGCACUGAAGAACUUCUUCAAUCAAGAGGAGACUGAGUAAUAAAUGAAGUUCGAUGAAUAGUCUAUAAUGGAAUAAAUAUCUUAGUAUUUGGAGGAGCAGCCGUUAAGUAUCUUUAUUAAGAUUGUUUAAUUCUUUUCCGAAAAUUUAAAGAAGACUAUUAAUCUCUAGAUUGCACUUGCACAAUCAAUUGCCAAAAAUGUAUUAGAUUAACCUAAACACAUGGAGAUUAUUGAGGAACAUUUUUCCAUUCCAGUGGCUAUGUUGAAAUUUGCUAAUGAGAAGGUUGCCUUGCUCUUAUCCUCAAAGAGAAUCGCAUCUGACUCUACAGUCAAGGAUUUUGUAGAUUUACUUUAAGUUUAUAAAUUUUGGGAUUAAUUUUUUUAAUAGGACAUGUCCAGAAUUAAUGAGGAUUUACAAAUCAAUGAUAAAAUAAUGUAAAAAAUUAGAGGAUAAUAUUAGAAAUGUUCUAUAAAUCAAUUAAUUUAUAUGCGAAGUGCUUAGGAAAAGUAAUAUCUCUAAAAUUUUCAUAAAGAGAAGAAAACACAGUUGAAUAAAUAUCUGGAGAAUGAAACAUGGUUGGCAUCAGAUGUGUCCUUUGAUAACUAUGAAAUAAUUACAUAUCUAUUGGAUCUGGAAGACUUGAAAUAGGUUGAAUAGUUGGAUGAAAGUGUUCUCCUUAAUAACAGUACAAUGGCAGGGAAGAAUCUGUUGCCUUCCUAUGUAAAUAAUUCACAUUUCAAAAUUAUUAAAACUGAAAUUAUCAUCUUAAAGGACAAUUCUAAAUAUAAAGUAACACAAGCAUUCUUAUUCUUUUUAUAAGCUAUAAGCUAAUAUUUGCAUUUAUUUGAAUCUUACUCAGUAAUCAAUUACGAACAGACCUAAAAGUUGGUCGAACUUAUAAAAUGUUAUAAUUCUUUAGCCACAUAGUACAUUUUGGGAGCAGGAGCUGUGCAUUUUGGUAAAAUAUCCACGAUUACAGCUAAAAAUUUAGCGAUUUCCUCAAUAUGUUUGAGACUCUUCCUAUACUUGUUGGAUCCCUUGUCAAAUAAACUAUUUAAAGUGAUCAAGUAAGUAUUUAAAGAUAAUGAUUUAUUAGUCAAUAACAACAAACCGAAUUCACUAAUCUACAACAAAUCCAGAAUGAUUUUGCAACGAUCAAGGUGGACUAUGAAAAUCACAAUGCUGAAGUUAUGGCCAAACUUACGACUAUAGUGCAGGAUAGAUUUUACAAGCUUUUCGAAGACAUUGCUAAAUUAGAUUGGAAUGUAAGAUUAUGAAAGUGAUCUUAUAGGAUUCUUAAACUAAAAUUACUGUUCCAACUAAAAUGACCAAUCAGAUCUGUUAGAAUACGCGGUCUUUAUAUGUGGCCAUAGAGGACAUCAUAACAAAAGAGGAUCUUUGCAAGGUUUUUGGACACAUUGUAUCGAUUCUCAAUUCAGAUUUUGUAAAGAUAUUUAAAUAGCUCAAUAUCACUUCUAAGUAAGAGCCUUAUUGAAUUUAUUAGAAUUGGGUUUACGAGGAUUAAGGAAGAGUUAGACUAUUUUAUGAAUUCUUUAAAGGACAUCGGACAGUUGCCUCAAUUUUUGGCUGAUCAAUAUAAAAGUUUGGAAUCAGAUAUCACUACGGUGAUAGAGAGUAAACAAUAAUGA